UCAUUUCCUGCAGGCUGUGAAGGCGUGGCUUAUUCAAGUUUUUAAUUUUGAUUUUAUGGUUUUUUUUUUAACCAAAUGUUAUUUACAAAUCACAAGAGUAGAGCAUGAUGUCCUCAACUGCUAGUACAGAUAUUCCCCAGGCCUUACCAACAGCAGAUGCCAUAGAUUUAAGGAAAAAAUACGUGAGCCCUUCUCUCAGCCUUCAUUACUCCGAGUACAAGCCGCUCCACAUUGUCAAAGGUGAUGGCUUGUUCCUCAUAGAUGAUGCCGGGACGCACUACCUUGAUUGUAUUAAUAACGUGGCCCUGGUUGGUCACAGUCAUCCUCGAUUAGUUCAAGUACUGCGUCAACAGUUAGCCAAUCCUUCAUUCAGGGUAUCCCCUGAUGGUACUCUCCUCCCAGACGACAGGCUCCUAGAGGACUAUAUGGCAAAGAUCUUUAGGACAGUGCCGGAAGCUGAUUUUGAUGUCAUCUUGUUUUUAAGAUCAGGUUCAGAGGCUAACGAUUUAGCAUUGAGUAUAGCUAAGGCUGUCACUGAAAGUACUCAAGUGUUAGUGUUGGAUGGGGCAUAUCAUGGACACAGUCAAGCCACUAUGUGUCUCAGUACUUAUAAGAUGAAUCAAGCAACCACUGACAGCACCUACAAAAUAGAAGCUGAUGCAGUCAUUGUUCCAAAGCCUGAUAUAUUCAGAGGGCAGUAUAAAGAUCCAAAGACAGCUGGUCAGUUGUAUGCUGAUGAUGUAAAGGCGCAAAUGGAGUCAGUUUUGAGUCAAGGAAAAGGGAUUGCAGCCUUCAUUAGUGAGCCGUUCUUAGGAACAGCUGGUCAGGUGCCCCUUCCUCCUGGCUACCUUCAAACAGUUUACAAGUAUGUUCGUGAAGCAGGUGGGCUGUGUAUCGCUGAUGAAGUACAAACAGGUUUUGCUCGAUCCGGCGUCAAAUUCUGGCUACACCAAACACACAGAGCUAUUCCUGAUAUACUAGUGCUGGGUAAGCCAAUGGCUAAUGGUCAUCCCAUUUCAGCUGUAAUGACAAAAUCAGAACUGGUUAAGAAGUUUACUGAUAAGCACGGACCACACAUUUUGAAUGAAUUUAUUUCUGAUUCCCUUUCAUUAGCAUUAGCUAAUACAGUGAUGGACAUCAUUUCCGACGAGAAAUUGCAAGAGAAUGCACUCUCAAUGGGCAACUAUGUACUAGAAAGACUUAAAAUAUUAAAAGACAAGUAUAGCUGCAUUGGAGAUGUAAGAGGCAUUGGCCUGUUUAUUGGUAUUGAAAUCAUCAAAGAAGUUGAUAAUGUAAAAGUAGCUGAUGGAGUCAUGGCAGAACUAUUAGUAAAGAAAGCUUUAUUGGAGCACAAUGUGCUGCUAAGAGAAGAUGGAGUCGAUCACAAUGUGAUAAAGAUUAAGCCUCCCAUUACAUUCAGUAAAGAUAAUGCGGAAACACUUAUAAAUGCUAUUGACAGAUCACUCCAUAGCUUAACAUCAUCUUGAACCAUCAUUAUCAUUAAAAUUAUUGCUGUCAUUAAGUAUUAUUUAAAACUGGAUAUUAAUUUUAUAAAUAAAAAUUUGAUUACA